CCCAAGAUGCCUAGGGUGUUGUGUUCCUCUUAGCCAAUCAAAGAGGCGAAGCCGCCUCGCUGCGGGCCAAUAGACUACGAGGUCAGGGCCCGGGACGGUUAAACUGAGCAGCGGGCUGUGGCGGCCGGCAGGGUGACUUGGAGACGCUUUGGAGACGGUGGCUCCAGUUCCGCGGCUGCGGCGCGAUCUGCAGGAGUCCCCGGCGGGCCCUGCCAUGCCGACCCGGGCGGAGGACUACGAGGUGCUGCACACCAUUGGCACCGGCUCCUAUGGCCGCUGCCAGAAGAUCCGGAGGAAGAGCGACGGCAAGAUAUUAGUUUGGAAAGAACUUGACUAUGGCUCCAUGACAGAAGCUGAGAAACAAAUGCUUGUUUCUGAAGUGAAUUUGCUUCGUGAACUGAAGCAUCCAAACAUCGUCCGUUACUAUGAUCGCAUUAUUGACCGAACCAACACAACGCUGUACAUUGUAAUGGAAUAUUGCGAAGGAGGGGACCUGGCUAGUAUAAUUACAAAGGGAACCAAGGAAAGACAAUACUUGGAGGAAGAGUUUGUUCUUCGAGUGAUGGCUCAGUUGACUCUGGCCCUAAAGGAAUGUCACAGACGAAGUGAUGGUGGUCAUACGGUGCUCCAUCGGGAUCUGAAACCAGCUAAUGUUUUCCUGGAUGGCAAGCAAAACGUUAAGCUUGGAGACUUUGGGCUAGCUAGAAUAUUAAACCAUGAUACCAGUUUUGCAAAAACAUUUGUUGGCACUCCUUAUUACAUGUCUCCCGAGCAGAUGAGUCGCAUGUCCUACAAUGAGAAAUCGGAUAUCUGGUCACUGGGCUGUUUGAUGUAUGAGUUGUGUGCAUUAAUGCCUCCAUUUACAGCUUUCAACCAGAAAGAAUUAGCUGGGAAGAUCCGAGAAGGCAAAUUCAGGCGAAUUCCAUAUCGUUACUCUGAUGAAUUGAAUGACAUCAUUACAAGGAUGUUAAAUUUAAAGGAUUACCAUCGACCUUCUGUUGAAGAAAUUCUGGAGAGCCCUUUGAUAGCAGACUUGGUUGCAGAAGAGCAGAGGAGAAAUCCUGAGAGAAGGGGGCGACGAUCUGGAGAACCAGAAAAGUUGCAGGAUUCUAACACUGUAUUAAGUGAGCUGAAACUGAAGGAAAUACAGUUGCAGGAGCGAGAGCGAGCCCUCAAAGCCAGAGAGGAAAGACUGGAGCAGAAGGAACGUGAGCUUUGUGUGCGUGAGAGACUGGCGGAGGACAAACUGGCGAGAGCGGAAAGUCUGAUGAAGAACUACAGCCUGCUGAAGGAGCAGAGGCUCCUGUCCCUGGCCAGCGGUCCAGAACUUUUAGCUCUUCCAUCCUCAAUACUUAAGAAGAAAGUUCAUUUCAGUGGAGAGAGUAAGGAGAGUGUCCGGGGGAGUGAGAACUCUGAGAGCCAGCUCUCCUCCAAAGCCAAGUGCAAAGACCUGAAGAAGAGGCUCCAUGCUGCCCAGCUGCGCGCGCAAGCCCUGGCGGACAUUGAGCAAACGUACCAGCUGAAAAGCAGACAGAUCCUGGGCAUGCGCUAGCCGGCAGGGCCCAGCGCUGUGUGCGGGAUCUGACAUGGCCAGCCCCCGAAGGACUGAUUGAUGUUCAACUGCUGCAGCUUGAUAUACUUGGUUCCAUGAGCCGUGCCUUUCUGUACAGUAAGAGUGAUAUUUUGGAAUUGCCUUUGCUGUCCUUCAGCAAUAAUUGAACAAAACGUCCACACCUUUCAUUUUUUUUCUUUUUUAAAAGAACACUUUAUAGAAAGAAUGAUACUUUCUUGGUUGGGGUUUUAAUCCCAUGUGUGAUUACUACUGGAACAUUACAUUCUAAAUGUUGGAGGAAAAUAAUAUCAGGAAAAACAUAUGUAUCCACUUACUGAGACGUUUUACACGACUGAGUGGUGUGCUUACAGUUGUCAUGUCUAGAUUUACAACUUCAAGUUUGAGGUUUUAAAUAUUCUAGAGCUUAGAAAACCGAAUUGGAUCCAAACUGGUCACUGAUAUUAUGACAUCUUGCUUAUAGAUAACACUUAUUGAUAUCCCAUUGCUCUUAGUGCAAAAUCUGUCACCUUUUGUGAAAAUCCAUCACUGUGAUGUCGAUAUUCUUUUUUUUCCUUUUUACUCUACCUAACUGUAUAUAAGCCGGCCGUCAUGGGCUCAUCUGUUUCUCACUAAGUAAACGAAUUCUUUAGUUUUCCUGUA